UCCUCACGUUGAUAAGCUUCUCAGUUGAUGAGCUCUGGGCACUGAGUUUCUCUGUGCUCAGCAGGUCUCAAGGUCCUGGCCUGCAGACUCGAAGACUGAGGGCUGCCAUGGAAGAGAAUGUGUUCAGUGUGCAGCAGAUACAGCCCAACGUCAUCUCGGUGAGGCUGUUCAAGCGCAAGGUUGGGGGUCUCGGCUUCCUUGUGAAGGAACGUGUCAACAAGCCACCUGUCAUCAUCUCAGACCUGAUCCGGGGAGGGGCUGCAGAGCAGAGUGGUCUCAUCCAGGCUGGGGACAUCAUUUUAGCUGUCAAUGGCAGACCCCUGGUGGACAUGAGCUAUGAGACUGCGCUGGAGAUACUGAGAAGCAUUGCCUCUGAGACUUACGUGGUCCUCAUUCUGCGGGGCCCCGAGGGUUUCACCACUCAUCUGGAGACCACUUUUGCUGGUGACGGGACACCAAAAACCAUCCGUGUAACCAGGCCCUUGUGCCCGACUCCGAAGGCAGUCGACUUGUCCAACCCAAGCCUGCAUAGCAAAGAGCAGCCACUGUCAGGAGCUGACCACACCAUGGGCUCCCUGUGGGCUAGAGAGAUCAGGCGGGAAGCAGAGCCGUUAGUCCAUGUUAACGGCAUUGUUACCGACGUGAAAGGGCAGGACACCGGGAAAGGGAAGGGCAGUGCUUGUGGUCACCUUUGCCUCAAUGGUGGUGUGGAAGAUAAUGAACUGCUCAAAGAAAUCGAGCCUGUCUUGGAUCUCCUGAAGAGCAGCAGUAAGGACAGCAAUGGAGAUGCACCCCUCAAAGUAGAGACAAGAGAUAUAGAAGUCCAGGUGGACUGUUUCAGAGAAGGAGAAAACAAGCCCCUGAAGCCCUUACCUGCUCGGAUGGAGAACGACCGCAUGUUUGGUGACUUGUGGGGAAAGAGCAACAUGCCCGUGGUCCUCAACAACCCCUACUCUGAAACAGAGCAGCCACCGCCAUCUGGACGGCAGUCCCCAACUAAGAACACGGUGAAUGGAAGUCCUUCCAAAUGCCCGCGCUUUGUCAAAAUCAAGAACUGGGAGACAGGCUCUGUACUUCAUGAUACCCUGCAUCUCAAGACAGCAAUGGCUACUGCGUGCACCGAGCAGAUCUGCAUGGGCUCAGUAAUGACCCCCAGCCAGCAUGUCCGCAAGUCAGAAGAUAUCAGAACAAAAGAGGAGGUGCUUCUUUUGGCUAAGGACUUCAUUGACCAGUACUACUCCUCCAUAAAGAGGUUCGGCUCCAAGGCCCACAUGGAAAGGCUGGAGGAAGUGACCAAGGAGAUUGAAGCCACAGACACCUAUCAGUUGCGAGACACAGAGCUCAUCUAUGGAGCAAAGCAUGCCUGGAGAAAUGCUGCCCGCUGUGUGGGCAGGAUUCAGUGGUCCAAGCUACAGGUGUUUGAUGCUCGAGACUGCACCACAGCCCAUGGGAUGUUCAAUUAUAUCUGCAACCACAUCAAAUAUGCCACCAACAAAGGGAAUCUCAGAUCUGCUAUCACUAUAUUCCCACAGCGGACAGACAGCAAGCAUGACUUCCGAAUCUGGAACGCCCAGCUCAUCCGCUACGCUGGUUACAAACAGCCCGAUGGGACUAUUCUGGGAGACCCAGCAAAUGCGGAGCUGACGGAGAUCUGCAUUCAGCAAGGGUGGAAGGCACCAUAUGGGCGCUUCGAUAUCCUGCCUCUACUCCUCCAAGCCAAUGGCAAUGAUCCAGAGCUCUUCGAAAUCCCUCCAGAGCUCGUGCUGGAAGUGCCUAUCCGGCAUCCCAAGUUUGAAUGGUUUAAGGACCUGGGCCUGAAGUGGUACGGUUUGCCUGCAGUUUCCAACAUGCUCCUUGAGAUUGGUGGCUUGGAGUUUUCUGCCUGUCCCUUCAGCGGCUGGUACAUGGGCACAGAGAUUGGGGUCCGGGAUUAUUGUGAUAACUCUCGCUACAACAUACUGGAGCAAGUGGCCAAGAAAAUGAAUUUGGAUAUGAGGAAAACCUCCUCACUGUGGAAGGACCAAGCCUUGGUGGAGAUUAACAUUGCUGUCCUGUACAGCUUCCAGAGUGACAAGGUGACCAUUGUGGAUCACCAUUCGGCCACAGAGUCCUUUAUCAAGCACAUGGAGAAUGAGUAUCGAUGCCGUGGAGGCUGUCCUGCUGACUGGGUAUGGAUUGUUCCACCAAUGUCUGGCAGCAUCACCCCUGUUUUCCAUCAGGAGAUGCUCAACUACCGUCUCACACCGUCCUUUGAGUACCAGCCGGACCCUUGGAACACUCACAUCUGGAAAGGGGUCAACGGGACGCCUACCAAGAAGAGGGCCAUUGGCUUUAAGAAGCUAGCAAAAGCUGUGAAGUUCUCAGCCAAAUUGAUGGGGCAGGCCAUGGCCAAGCGAGUCAAAGCAACCAUCCUGUAUGCCACAGAAACAGGGAAGUCCCAGGUCUACGCAAAAACUCUGUGUGAAAUCUUCAAGCAUGCUUUUGAUGCCAAGGUGAUGUCCAUGGAUGAGUACGACAUAGUCCACCUAGAGCAUGAAACCAUGGUCCUGGUAGUCACAAGCACCUUUGGCAAUGGAGACCCACCUGAGAAUGGAGAGAAAUUCGGCUGUGCGCUAAUGGAAAUGAAGAAUCCCAACUCCAACCUGGAGGAGAGGAAGAGCUACAAGGUCCGUUUUAACAGUGUCUCCUCUUACUCGGAUGCACGAAAAUCUUCAAGCGAUGGGCCUGACUCCAGGGACAACUUUGAAAGCACAGGGCCCCUGGCUAAUGUCAGGUUCUCUGUGUUUGGGCUGGGAUCACGUGCUUACCCCCAUUUCUGCGCCUUUGCCCGGGCAGUAGACACCCUCCUGGAGGAGCUGGGUGGAGAGAGGAUCCUCCGCAUGGGAGAAGGGGAUGAGCUCUGUGGCCAGGAGGAGUCCUUCAGAACCUGGGCCAAGAAGGUCUUCAAGGCAGCGUGCGAUGUGUUCUGCGUGGGUGAUGACGUGAACAUCGAAAAGGCCAACAACUCCCUCAUCAGCAAUGACCGGAGCUGGAAGAGGAGCAAGUUUCGCCUGACCUACGUGGCUGAGGCCCCUGAGCUCACACAAGGCCUAUACAGCAUUCACAAAAAACGAGUCUUUGCAGCCCGGCUUAUAGCACGUCAGAAUCUGCAGAGUCCAAAAUCCAGUCGUUCAACGAUUUUCGUGCGACUUCACACCAAUGGACACCAGGAACUGCAGUACCUGCCUGGGGACCACUUAGGUGUGUUUCCAGGGAACCAUGAAGACUUGGUCAAUGCCUUGAUUGACAGACUAGAAGACGCCCCUCCAGCCAACCAGCUGGUGAAGGUGGAGCUCCUGGAGGAGAGGAACACAGCUCUAGGUGUCAUCAGUAACUGGACAGAUGAGAACCGUGUCCCACCAUGCACCAUCUUCCAGGCAUUUAAGUACUAUUUGGACAUCACCACCCCUCCAACCCCACUUCUGCUGCAGCAGUUUGCUUUACUGGCCACCAGUGAGAAGGAGAAGAAACAUCUUCAGGUCCUUAGCAAGGGCUUGCAGGAGUAUGAGGAAUGGAAGUGGUCCAAGAACCCCACUAUUGUGGAGGUGCUGGAGGAGUUCCCCUCUGUGCAGAUGCCCUCCACACUCCUGCUCACGCAACUACCCCUGCUCCAGCCACGCUACUACUCCAUCAGCUCCUCCCCGGAGAUGUACCCAGGCGAGGUCCACCUCACUGUGGCAGUGGUCUCCUACCGCACGAGAGAUGGUGAAGGACCAAUCCACCACGGAGUCUGCUCCUCUUGGCUCAAUCGGAUACAGACUGAUGAAGUAGUGCCCUGUUUUGUAAGAGGAGCACCUGGCUUCCACCUACCCCAGGAUCCCAAGGUCCCCUGCAUCCUGAUCGGCCCUGGCACAGGAAUUGCCCCUUUCCGGAGUUUCUGGCAGCAGCGGCUUUUUGAAAUCCAGCACAAAGGCUUGAAGCCUUGUCCCAUGGUCCUGGUAUUUGGCUGCCGGCAAUCCAGGAUCGACCACAUUUACAAAGAAGAGACGCUUUUUGCCAAAUCCCAAGGUGUCUUCAGAGAGUUGUACACAGCCUACUCCCGGGAACCAGACAAACCAAAGAAAUAUGUGCAGGACGUGUUACAGGAGCAGCUGGCCCAAACCGUGUACAAAGCACUGAAGGAGCAGGGAGGCCACAUCUACGUGUGUGGGGACGUUACUAUGGCUGGGGACGUCCUCAAGACCAUUCAGCGCAUCGUGAGGCAGCAGGGCCAGCUGUCGGUGGAGGAGGCGGGCACUUUCAUUAGCAAGCUGCGGGAUGACAGCCGGUACCACGAGGAUAUUUUUGGAGUCACCCUGCGUACGUAUGAAGUGACUAACCGCCUUAGAUCCGAGUCUAUUGCAUUCAUUGAGGAGAGCAAAAAAGAUACGGAUGAGGUUUUCUGCUCCUAACCGGACCCUUUGCCCCCGAGGGGAUGCCAGACCAGUCCUGCUGCCCCCUCCAGCCGGAGGGCACUGGGUUUUGUAUUUCACGGACACGGUGGCUCCCUUUCCACGGGGAACCGCCUACGGAAAGCGCUCUGUCUCUCGUCCUGUUGUUGUGUCCUGAUGAUGAUGAUGAUUUUUAUUUCUUUUUUUUCCUCUUUCUCUUGCUCUCUCUCUUGUCCUGUGGCAGUUUCUUUUCACCCUUGUUUCCCGUCCCUGAAUUUCCCCACCGAAGUACAAUGGCUUUAUAAUCCACAGUGGCUCUUAAAACAAAUUAACGUGUCUCCUCCUCUGCACAAGGGCAUUUUGCAGCUGCAUGAAACCACCACCCUCGUGAUUAUCCGUGGUUUUGGUGUUUUGGGGGAGAGCAGAGGCACAGGGGCUGGGUGAGGGCAUGCACAGGUUGGCCAGUGCUUGUUGCUUGACCACAACUGGGGUUGCUGCCCUUCUCCCCAGGGCCCCUCUUCCUCCAGCUCUGGACUCGGUUGAAUGUUUGUGUGGUCUUUGCUUUCCUUUGGACUCAUACAGGCCUCGGCGCGUGCCUGAGGCCGGAGGCUGAGGAUGUGCCGUGCUUCUCGUGCCCAUGAACUUUGUCCAUCCCCAGGCAGCCUGGGGGCAGAAGCGCUUGCUUUGAUCCGAAGGCUGGGCCAGCCCUGAUUCACGCGUCGCUGAUUAACGGCUAACGAUUUCACCUAAAUGGGCUCCGUGCUGUGUUUGCUGCCUCUUCUGCUCCCUGUUCCCCAUGAGUCUCUCCAUCUGCCGGCCCCUGCUCAUUUUGCUGUCCCCCUCCCACUAGCAUGAAAGUCCUCCCAUGAGGAGCAAGCCCUGAACGUGCAGGUUGCGGUGCAGGAAGAGACUCGGGGCGUCUGCCUGCACCCCCAGCCACUCAGCCAGGCUGUCCUCCAAAAGGCUUUACAGGAGACGUGCGAUCUGCAGCGCAGAUGGGGAGCAGGUUAGCCGUGAGGCUGGUAGGAGACAUACAGGAAUCGGUUGCAUCCUAGAGCUUUGCACACUGCAAACACGUGAACCCACGUCCAGGAAAGCCUGGAAAGCCCCAAAGCUGAGUGAGGAGCACCUCCUACCUCUUGGUAGUGAAGGCCCUUGGGAAGCAGUGCUGGGCCAGCAUCAGAGCUGCUAAGGCUUGCUGUGUCCUUCAGGCAGUGCCAGAGGCUACUGCAAGCCUGGAGAGCAUCAGCUCCACCUUAGUGCAGUCUUGUGAGCAGUUUUGGGCCAGCAGAUCCCCAGCCCCACGCACAGCUUCGAGAGCAGAAACUGCCUUGCACGAAGUGACCUGCUUGGCAAAAGAAAUAUAUGUGGCCUCUUGGUGGCAAGCCAGUCCCCUGCGUAGGCUCUGUGCCACCUGCGAGCGUCACGAGCUGUCUCUGCCUGGACACCUCGUGUGACAAGGGAGGCAAGAUCGGAUGCAAAGACGCUGUGUGACUCCGGGCUCUGACACACUCGCACCUCAGCCCUGCUGCAAAAAUCUGGGCCCCAAAGCAGUCCCUUAACACGAUCGCAGGGAGGUAGCAGUCCCUUUUGAGAGAAAAGCUGUCAGCAAGGCAAAGCAUGUGUGACCUUGCGUGCCCUUCCUCCGUCCGCUCCCUUCCUCGCCCUGUUGCACCCCAGAAGAAGGUUCUUCCGCCCUCAUUGCCAGGUCGAGGGCGGAGGGUGGCUGCAGCUCCCGCUGGAGGCAGGGUAUGGGGCUGGCAUCUGGAGCUGGUAUGUGCUGUUCCCUUCCUCCCGCUCCUGCCACCACUCCGCUAAACCAUGUGCUGGUGCUUGUAUGGAGCAGGGCACCUGCGCUGGCGCUGGCAGAGGGUUUGUCCAGGAGCUGUAAUGGUGAGUUUUGCUUUCGGAGGCUUAAAAUUAGCUGCCCCAAGCCAAAGUGUGAACAAAAAGAGCUGCAUGGGGCUUGCUGCUCUGCCGGCCUGUGGUGCGACCCACACUGGCUCUGCAGAAUCACAUCCUCAGAUGGGGCCUCCUACCCUUCCCUGCUGCUUGGCUUAGCUGCAUCUUCAAGCCGCUAUAACCACCUUCUGCAGCCUCAACUCCCUGAAUGCUUGAAGCAGCUCUAGCCCGAAAACCCAGGAACAAAAGACCUCCAGACAUGGGGAGAUUUGAGAUCCAGGUCUCAGUUUUGUUGGUCCCAGCAGAGCACUGAGCGUGGAGUGAAACGCGAAUGAAUGCUGCCACGGUGUGGCUGCAGCCGAGCUUGCUGUGCUGGAGGGGAGCCGGAGCAGGGCUUCCAGCCGGCUGCCAGUAAGGCUGGGCUGGUGACACUGCCUGGGAACUUCAUGAUGUGGACAGGAAAAAAAGCCAGCCCCCAGUCUACCUCUGGGGUUGUGCCCUAAUCCCAGAGCAGACAGCGGGAUGGGGUAGCUGGGUCUCUUGGAUAUCAUGACUUGUGAAUUUGGCCAGAGAUCCCACCUGUCAGAGCAAGUCCCUGGCCCUAAACCUGUAUGCAUAGAGCAAGCUUGUCCCUAGCCCCUGCUCAGCCCCAUGGCUGAGUCUGCAGACACAGGGGUAAAGAACAAAUCAAGAUCUCAUCUUGGAAGCUUGAUUCUGGCUCUAGACUCUGUGCUUUUAUCCUCCCUUUACUAGAAGUAUUGAUGCAACCUGCAAAGGAGGUAGUGCCCAAAGAAAUGUCCUUGUCCUCAUCCUCUUUCCAGCUUAUCCUGUGUUGCCAGCAAUUAGUUUUCUUCCUGCUCAACUUCCUGCCCCUCUUGCUACAACAUCCCUCAGCUGGAAGUAGAGUUGCUGCUGCAGGCUGUCUGCCGUGAGAUCGGCUUGCUCUUCCUGCCUCAAAAGUCUGCCAUCUCUCCCCUUCCAUCUGAUAAGCCGGUGCAAAUGCCUGGGAAGCACAGCGGAGAAGGGAAUGCGGUGGUGCAUACAGCCUCCCCUGUUGCCUUCGGUGGGAUUUCCAAAGCAUCUGUGUGGGGCAGGCAGCCAGACCAUCUCAAGUUCAACAGCCAUCAAGUAGAUGAGGCCUUCAGAGCCCUUUGGAAGUGAAAUGCUGUUUUAAGGUCAGUCUGUCUGUCCCAGGAAAAGACAAGCCCUCCUUGCCGUGAAGGUCCAUGAAGCUUAUAUCCCUUCAGGGCUCUGAGCUGCUCUCUGUUCCCUUGGUCUGAGUAGGACGGUUUGCUCCUCACAAGCCACAUGACUGGGAAAUUUGGCUUGUUGGUUUUCGUUGAGUCAGUCCCAGACGUCUCAGCUUUUCCUUCAUCCCUCUUACCUGCAGGGGAUUGGCACUUCCCUCAAGCUUAAUUUUCUCCCUCAGCAAAGGGAGAAAUAAACUUGUGAAUCUGCUUUCUUAUUCCACAAAUGUGGCUCUUUCACCAGUUGUCUAGACUCUGCUCAUCUCAGUGUGACGUGUCUGACACGUGGGUGUAAACACAGUAUCUCCAGCAUGCAGAAACGGCAGAGAGCGUGCUGGGGUCUCCUGCAGACUGGUGUGAUGAGCUGUCUGGAGGUGUCACAUCUGCAGGUGUUGUGCCUCUCAAGCUCUCGGCUCACGAAUCCAUCAUCCCAUGGUACCUCCUGCCCUUCGGGCUGCUGCACACCCAGAGAGGGACCUGAGGGACUCCCAGCCUCAUCAAGCACGCAAUUCCUCUCUCCAUGGAUGUCCACUACCACUGUCCAUUUUGCAGCAGCUCAUCUCCUUUUCAAUUCCUAAGGAUUAAACAUGAGGAAACUCUACUCCAAACACAAGAGUUCAUGUUCAAGAUAUUAUCAAAAGAUUGUAGAAGUUUUUUUUCCAACAUUUUAUUUUGAUAGCUUUUCAAAUGUCCAUAGAAAGCUAUGUGUGAACUGAAACUCAUGGGAAAUGGUUCUGUGUUUUCCCAACACAUGGUGUCCACUAACAGGGAAAAAUAAGUUCAUUCAAUGCAAGGGUAUCAACUGCCUAUGCUGAUGACUUCAAAGGUUUCCUCUCCCCAGAAGGGCUGCCUGAGAGUUUGUUGUUCUUCUUUCUAUUGCUAUUUAUGAGACACCAGCAGACAGUAGGAAAAUAAUGAGACUUCUGUCAUUAAGAAUAGACUUGCAAAGAUGCAAAACCUACACUGUUGUUGCUGGGUAGGCCCAAGCUCAUUGCACUGGUGGAACUGAACCAAUUGCCUCCAUACUAGCUGGAGAAAUUGAGUUUGAGUUCGAGGUGUCUUCCUACCUGUCCCACAUCCUGUGCCUACGUGUCCCCAGUGGCUAGCAGGCCGGCUCAGGCCACGCUCAGAGCAGCACAAGCCAAUGUGUCCAUGCAUGACUCGGAAACCUGCACUUGCAUCUUGAGCUAAUGUGAUUGCAUCUCUGCGGAAGAGGAGAUGGGAAGAAAACAGAGCCGCAUGAACCUCUGUGUCCAGUCUAACUGUGAUUGCUCCAUUUGUUGCUUUAUUGUUGGUAUACGAUGUCUCUCGUCCUCUCCCAGGCUGUAAUCCAGACUCCCUCCAUCACCUCCCUCUGGAGACCCCUCCUUUCUCCUCCUUCACCCUGUCCGCCCAGCCAAAAGGCACAGCAAGCUGCUCAGCAAAGGUGGAUCCUGGGGAUGGCAGUGGACUUACAGUGCCUUGUGCUGGGAAGAGACUACUGCUCUGGAGCUGCUCUCCCAUUCCUGCUGUCUCCAGAAAUGCUCCUGAGGGUUGAGGGGAGCACAUGAUUUAAUUUUACAAGUGAAAUUCUUGGUGGGUAAAUUCCCCUGGAACAACUAAGAGCAAACCUGUAUCCCUGCUCAGCUGCGCUGUGCAAUUAUCUGCCACUGACGGGGCUUUAUGGGGGUGGGAGGAGGAUUUGCAGGGUUCGAGUCUUUUUGGGUGCAAACUGGACACCACUUUCCGUGAGCACCACUGGUCUGUGAAAACCUGCCACAUGCUGGAGGGAUGCGUUUUUACUAAGGUGUUGGGGGGAAGCGCAUGCUUGUGCUGCGGCCUCACGGACUUGCGGCAGGCCAAGCCGAAGCUGCUGCACACCUUAGUACUACCGAAGGCGUCAGAGUCCUCUGAUUUACACCUGCGGAGGAGCUGCAGAGAGUUCCCAGCGGUUUUGGAAGGAGAAUUUUAUGAUCAAAACUAGAUGUUGCUCCUGCUUUCACUGGGCACCAGUUCUUGGAUUCAGAAUUGCUCUGAUAACUUUGCAACCGCUUUGAUAGUUUCAGAGGGAAGCACAGAGCAGAUGGAGAUACACCUUCAGGACCAUUCAACUUUGCUGUAACUCUGUCUUCGUUACGGCCGUUUCCUCUGCUCUAGCAGGAGGAACAAAACGUGGCCAGUGCUGAACACUUCUGAAAACGGUGUUCCCAAACUCAGAUAAAUUUAGUGUAGAGUCCAAGUCCUCCCAAACACGAGAUGCCUUAUGGCCACACCUGCGGGCUUCAGUGGUGCGGGGGAUGUUGAGCAGCUUGCGGGAUCCAGCUUUCACGGCAGCAACAGCAGCAGCAGUUGCACGACAACAGUAUUUUCGCGCGUGUUGAUCAGCCCUUGCGCUUGCCUGCAAUGCAUGACUCUCUAGCAAUCCAUUUGAAAUCCACCCUCAACGGGGAGCUCUGAGCUUUAGCUUCUUCCGUGUGGCCAUAUGUAUUUAACAGGAAUUCAGGGGAGCUGGAGAAAGCUAAUGAGAUUGCUGCUUUAAAGCACUUGGUUCCAGAAUUAAAACAGACCUUACUAGAGAUUGAAAUCUGCUUGAUUUUAGUAUGGGUACAAGGGCAAUUCAUGAAAUAUUUAAACAUCGUAAUGCAGAUAUAUCUUUUUCCGGCUGUGCCAGGAAUAAAGCAGACUAGAAAUUCUUGGCUUCCACCCCUACAGAUGUUGCCAAUGAAGGCUAUGCUGGAAGUUUGAGCCUUUGAAAUCACAGGGGAAAAAAAUAUCCCAGGAUGUGAGUUCAUAGCUGAGCAGCCCUAGCUUGUUUUCCGAUGAGAGCACUUCACUGCAAUGAGCUGACUGCAAAGGCUGCUGGUUUCCUGCCUCCUCGUUCAUGAUAUCUGGGAGGGAGGAAAUGCUUCAAAAGCAAGAAAAUCACACGUGCAAAGCCCUGUCCUGAGAAUCCCUUAUUUAACGGGAGCCUACGGGCCAAGGCUCUGCAGCUGCUCUUCGUUACCCUGGCAAGGAAGCGGGCAAGACGCUUGGGAUUGCUCCUGCAUGCAGUGGCCAAAGCUCGGAGAAGUCGUCGUGGGGCCGCGGCACAGCGCGAGCGCGUCGCUGCCGGGCUGCGGAGCUGCGCUGGGGUAGGCUCCUGCGUGGCCCGAUCGCGGGAUUUGCAUGCGGCUCUUCACAGGGCUGGUUCAGAAACCUCUCUGCGAGCUAAUGGUGCCAGACAAGCAUUUUUAACACUUCAAAAAUUUGAAGACUUUACUGAAAAGGUCAAUCUAAAAGAUCAGCUGAGGCAGGGCAUCUUUUUGCUGCUAUGUUUUCAUGCAUUGGUUGUAAGCGGGGAAAGCAAAAGAAAAGAUUCUGCAAACACUUUGAGGACAAAUUAAAAUUAAUUAAAAAUCACCAUUUCCUUGGGGGUGGGGGGAUUUGACUUGUUUAAAAGAAGAAGAAAAAAACACCAAGCUACCCUAUGUGAAUUGUCCUCAAAAAUGUCCUCAAGCUGCAGAAGUGGGAAAUCUUUUAAAGCCAUGUGGCCCCCAAUUAUUUUUUUAAUUCAAGAGCUUGAGUCUCCAUUCUGAAAUCCCACAUGUGCUUUCAAAUUUAUUAAUUAAAUUCAAAUUCAUACAGGAACCCAGUCAUUUUGUCUCAGAAAGAGCCACAGGUUGACAUAGGCAAAACUAUAUUGCCUAUACUUCAAUAACUGACUUCUCCCUGCUCCAAAAUAAUGGGGAAAUGUAUGAAAAUAUCAAAUGCUUUUGGCUGAAAUUGAAUAUUUUGUCCCCGCAAUAGAAUUUUUUAAAUGUUGCAAGUGCAAUAAAACUGCCUUCACGUGUAUACAACUCCAACAACAAGCAUUAGAGCUACUUGCAUCCAAACCUGCUUUUUUUUAAAAAAAAAAAAAAUCUCUCUGUGUGGCUGUGCUAUGGAAUCACAUCUUAACGAACUGUGCUUUACAGUACUCAGCAGGCAGCCUGGAAACAGAAAGCGAUGUUGGAGUCUCCCGGCGCCCAGCGUUGAAGCGACGGCUUUGCAGCCAAUGAAAUUCAAUGCAAAAUUCCGCUUUGCUGGGAAUCCAUCCACAAAAUAGCCAAAUGUGCAGAAUUCCCAAGGCACAACGUGCUCUGCCGCUCUGAGAUGCCCUCAGAAGCCUUGGGCUCUGUAUGCCCAACGGAGCUUGAGAGCAGUGACGGUUAGGUUGCCGGAGUCCUUCUGGAUUUUACACGAUUCCCCAGGCAGCAGAGGAGCGGAGUGAUGACUUUCAGCCAGGACUCAUUGCUUUUUAGAUUGCAUGUAGUUAGACACAGUAGUAAUUCGGCCAGCUGCCCAGGGAAUUUGAUGUUCAGUGCCAAUUAAUUUUUGUAAUAGGAACAGGGAUUUCUUCCUGUAGGAACCUUUGAAAUGUCUGAGCCUCAAAGGCUGGUUGGUUGGUUGGUUGGUUGGUUUUCUGGGGGCCUUUUUCCAGAAGAGCAGUGGUGCCGAGGUGAGAACGGGGACCACUCCGUGACGGGUGGCAGCUUUGGGGCUGGCAACUCCCAAACUCUCCACUGUAGAGGUUUUCUGAAAGCUCAGAUGGGGGUAAAUUCUGCUCUGCUUGGUGGGACCCCGGCGUCUCUCUGCUUUCUGGUUCUCCUGCUCCUUCCUCCCUCCUCUCAGCACCUCCUCGUGUCCCUGUGCCUUCAUUUGGUUUGUAAAAUGAUGCCGUGAUUCAAGACUGGCACACUGACUUCGCUCCCACUUUGCAGGCGGGUUUACUGGAGGGCAGCAGUUUAUUUUGUAACUUUUAUUGUGAUUCGAAGGUGGGUUUCUUCCGGGGAGUGAAGGGGUGGGGACAGAGGGAGCAGGGAUGAGCAGGAGUUGUAUUGGAUCAUACCAGUGCUUUAAGUGGUCAGAAACGUGGUUUUCCCCUACCUCUGAGCUCUCAAUGCUGCUAAAAUCUCUGCCAUCCGUCCAAUGUACUCCAGCCCCUCUCUCGGACUGGCUCUGGCUCUGUUUGCAAGGUAUCCACAUCGUUCUCAAGCAUGCACUUCUUUCUGUAUAGCUCCAAUCUUCUGAUUUUAUGGAAUACAAUACUUAUGCCUGUUUGCAUUACAGUCAAAAUAAAUUAAAAAAAAAAAAG